CAAUAAUUGUUUUGAAAAACUGUAACCGGAUGUUUGACAUCUUUACUUUCCGUUCGAUUAAUUUAACAACAAAAUCUUUGUUUGAAUGAAAUGGGUAGAUACAAGUGUGCAUAUGACUGUGACAGCUCGAAUGAAACAGAUGUGAAGUUUUUUAAGUUCCCUCUCUACCAUUCACGGAGGCUAAAGAAAUGGCUUGCCAACAUGAAGAUGCAAGACUGGACCCCGUCCCGCUUCUCUGUGCUGUGCAUCAAUCAUUUUGAAGAGAAAUACAUCGACAGAACAGGAAAAUCUGUGAAACUUAGAGAAGAUGCGGUUCCCACCAUAUUUUCCUCCCCAGCCAACACCGAGAAACAGGCUUCUCCCAAACCAAGGAGUCAGAGAAACAAGCCACAUCGUAAAGCCUCUCAGAUUCUACCAGCUCAGUCUCCAACAGCUUCUGCUGCUACAACAAAGCAGAGUGUCCAGGAGGAAGAGAGUGGAGAGCCAACAGAACAAGUGUCUGCUGAAAAUUCACUCACAUCAGAUAAGUGGAGGAUUAUAGCUGAUGAGGGUCUGAUGAUGAUAGAGUCCUUUCCGCAUUUUUUCCAUGGGGAUUACUGCACACCACAAGAUAUACAGUGGGCUCCAGAUGAUAAUACUGAUGCAGGACAUAAAAAUCCUGAAAACAUAAUUGAGGUCAAAGAGCCAUGGCAGUGGCUUGGUCUGGAUGUCAGAGGACCUCUGCCCACGACGCUGAUCGGACACCGAUACAUCUUGACUUUGACAGAUUACUACACUAAGUGGGUCGAGGCUGUUCCUUUGCAGUUGUGCCAACCGGAGAAUGUGACAAAACAGAUUGUGGACAUCAUAGCCCACUUUGGAUAUCCUGUCAGAAUCCUCUCCAGACUGCCUCUUGAUGUAGUUCAGAAAAUAAACAGCCUUCUGCAAACUGAGCUCAACGUCUCCUUCGCUCUUGUGGUUCAUCAUCGACAGACUGGCACUGCAGAUCUGAUCACACAACACCUGAUCAACAGGAUGGUGAGUGAUCUUGUGGAAGAGCAGCCAGCUGACUGGGACGUUCACCUGCCCGCCAAGGUUUUUAGUUUGUGUUGCACAGAACAUUCAAAAACCAAGGAAAGACCCUUUUUAUUGCUGUGCUGUAACGGAGUAAAGUCGGUCCAAUCUCCAAGAGAGCAUGAUUUUGUUUACUCCGAGAUCCAAGAGAGUGCCUUUGUGGUUCAGUAGAACACUGAGAUUUGUGAAGAAAACUCAAAGCAAGACAAAACACAUCAUAUGCCUAUGCCAUUGUUUCCCUUGGG